AAGACUUAUGAGUCUUAUUUAUGUGGAUUUCUCAUUUAACAACUUCACUGGCUCAAUCCCACAUUUCCAGCAUUCAAAGAACCUUAUCUACUUAGAUUUUUCUCAUAAUGGCCUAACAGGUCCACUCUCUUCCAAGCAUUUCGAAGGCCUUUCAGAAAUUGUGAAUAUAGAUUUAAUGUCUAAUUUACUCUCUGGAAGAAUUCCCCAAUCUCUGUUUUCACUUCCAUCAUUGCAGAAACUUGUGCUUUCAAACAAUAAAUUUGAUGGUCAAGUUGAUGAAUACCUGAAUGUAUCUGCCUCUCAAAUGGAUACACUCGACUUGAGUUCUAACCGUCUAAAUGGGCCCAUUCCGGAGUACUUCUUUGAAUUUCCAAAGCUGAAUGUGCUAUUACUUUCUUCCAACUCCUUCAGUGGAAGGAUACAGUUCGAAAGUCUCCAAAAGCUCAAGAACCUCACAAGAUUUGAGCUUUCUCACAACAAUUUGUCAGUUGACGUAAGUAGCAGUAGUUCGGCCUUCUCAUUCUUUCCCAAGAUUACAAUAUUGAAAAUGGCUUCUUGUCAAUUACAAAAAUUUCCGGAUCUUAGAACUCAAUCAAGUAUGAUCCAUUUAGACCUAUCAGACAAUGGAAUUAGAGGGGAAAUACCAAACUGGAUAUGGAGUGUGGGUAAUGGAAAUCUGGUUCACCUGAAUCUUUCCCACAAUUUCUUAGAUGGUCUAGAAAAGCCUUAUACAAUUCCAACUAGUCUUUCAGUACUAGACUUGCACUCAAAUCAACUGCAUGGCGAACUUCCGAUUGGAGUAGCCCCAGCCUUGGAUGCUAUGUAUCUUGAUUACUCAAACAAUGUUUUCAACAGUUCCAUCCCGUUUGAUCUUGGGAGUUAUGCUCCAUAUGCUUCUUUCUUGUCUCUUUCAAAAAAUAGCUUCACUGGGACAAUUCCUGAAUCCAUAUGCAAUACAAGCUAUCUGCAGGUGCUUGAUCUAUCCAAAAAUAAGCUGAGUGGCAUACUUCCAUCCUGUUUAUUCAGCAAUCUUGGGAUCCUAGGAGUACUAAACCUUGGGGAAAAUCAAAUCAAUGGUAACAUACCUGAUUCCUUCUCAAGUAAUUGUGCUCUAAAAACAUUAGACCUCAGUAGGAAUUUCUUUGAUGGGAAGAUUCCAAAAUCUCUAAUAAAUUGUUCGUCAUUGGAAGUUCUGAAUGUUGGGAGCAACAAAAUUGUAGAUACCUUUCCAUGCCUAUUGGAAAACUUAUCUAGUUUGCGUGUCCUAGUCUUGCAAUCCAAUCAGUUCCAUGGUGAGCUUCACUGUGGUAAUGCCAAUCAUAGCUGGCCGAAUCUUCAGAUUAUUGAUAUUGCUUCCAAUAAGUUCAGUGGCAAACUCUCUCCAAAAUGCUUCUUGAACUGGAAAGGAAUGAUUUUUGGUGAAGAUACGGUGCAACCAGUGCAACACAUCAGGGAACAUCCCAGAAACAAUUGGACAUCUGAAAAUGAUUGAGUCCUUAGAUCUUUCAUCAAACCAGCUAGGUGGAGAGAUCCCAGCACAACUUGCAAAUCUGUCGUUCCUAUUAGUCUUGAAUCUAUCAUUCAAUAGACUCUCUGGUAGUAUUCCAACAGGCAAUCAACUUAAUACAUUUGAAGCAAGUUCCUAUUUGGGUAAUCCAGAACUGUGUGGUCUUCCUCUCUCAAAAAGUUGCAAAUCAAGAACAAGUUCCAAUGACGGCCAAUCUGAGAUAGAAUUGGAUGGUGACCAAUCUGAGAUCAAAUGGGAAUACGUAACUUCUGCUUUGGGAUUCAUUGUGGGUUUAGGGGCUUACCUUUGGAUGCUUUUGCAUAACAAGAGAUGCAGGGAAGCAUACCAACAACUUGACAAAGUAUUAGUAAGGCUAUCCGGUCGAGGAAGAAAAUCUCCAGGACGCAGACUUCACAGGAAGCGAAUCAGAUCACUCUAAGCUGCAGCCUGCAGGUAUGGAUGCUGAGCUCAGUUAUUGUGGUGGUGAUAGCUCUCAGUUUGCAUAUUUUGCAUUUUUGUAAUUAUU